UAAAAUAGAAUAAUGUGAUUGACUUACAGAAAAUGGAGGAAGAGCUGAAGACUAAAAUUGAAGAGAUAAAGACUAAAAAUAAAGAGUUGAAGGAGAGGGAGGAUGUAUUUCAAAAGAAGAUGGAGGAGGCAGAAGCACAGAAUAAAGAGCUGAGGGAGAGGAUCAAAGUGAUGGAAGUGACACAGGUGGUUGACUUACACAAGAUGGAGGAAGAGUUGAAGACUAAAAUCGAAGAGUUGAAGACUAAAAAUAAAGAGUUGAAGGAGAGGGAGGAUGCAUUUCAAACGAAGAUGGAAGAGGUGGAAGCACAGAAUAAAGAGCUGAGGGAGAGGAUCAUAGUGAUAGAGAAAAAGGGCAAUAUUAGCGGUGAAGAAGGAUUGAUAUCUUUAGGAUUUCACGGAGGAAAAGAGGGUGCAUAUUGGGCUUAUAGGGCUGAUGGGCCUACAAUGCAAAUAAGUGUUCGUUAUGGACAAGUUAUCGAUUCACUUCUGUUCAAAAGUAAAAGUUGUGAUUGCGUAGAACGCUCUGUGAAAAUUGGCGAUUCUGGUGGCUAUACGACUGUAACGUUUUGCAUCAACAGUUCAGUAGAGCAACUCUUGUCUAUAAGCCUGACAUACGAAGACUGCUGUGGAGAAGGGACAAUCAUAUCGCUCUGUUUUAAUACAAAGAAAUAUUACCCUAAAAUGAUCCAGAAUACAUUAUUUAUGACCGAUCAUAAGAGACUGAUGUAUUUACGACCGAUCAUAAGUAAUGUAUUCUGGGAUAUUUCCGGAUAA